UCGAGUGUUCUAGUCUCAUCCCACAAAUUCGCAAAAAUGUUCAAAUACGUACUACUCUUCGCUUUGGUUGCCUACGUCUCGGCCGCCGCUGUCAGCAGUGUCGAUGAUGCUCAUGCCGAAGUCAGUGUACUGACGUCCGAUGUCCGCGUCGAUGGUUUCGAUACCGCAUUGGAGACCAGCAACAGCAUUCACGUCGUGCAACACGGUGAUGAAAAGGGCAACAUCAACGGCGAAUACGGUUGGAUAUCACCCGAAGGCGAACAUGUCGUUAUCAACUACGUUGCCGACGAGAGCGGUUACCACCCAAAAAGCGAGCUCUUGCCCACCGCUCCCCCAGUACCAGAGGCCAUCGUCAAGGCACUCGAAUACAUCGCAUCUCACCCCUCAAAGGAAGGAGUCAAGAAGAACUAAAUGAAUUCCAUUUUAAACCUUGAUAUUGUUACGCAAUGAUUAGGAAAGUAUGUGACCGAUUUGCUCUCGUGCAACAAUUGGACGAUACUAAGAUUAUAUUAUUAUAGUUUUAUGUCUUUGUCGUCUACCUUAGAACUCUAAGUUUAAUGUUUUUGUAAUUGUACUAACUGCAAAUAAAAUACUCCACUUUAUUGGUAAAAUUAA